AGGGAGGGGUGAGGUGGGCAAGCCAGUGUGAGAAAGAGAGAGCGCGAGAGAGAGAGAGACAGCUCUCUCUAUCCAAAGCAGAUGUCUUUGCUAUGCUGCUCGCAGAUGUGAGGAAAUGAAGUCUGAAAAGUGCAGCAGGUGUGUGUCUGAGUGAAUGGCAGCGCAAUUAGCAAAUCAUAUAGCGCUGCUGCUGCCUUAAGGCUUUUAUAUUCACAUAGAUGAUGUCGAUUGUCAACCUGCCUGAUAGUGUUUUAUAAUCAGCCAGAAUAGGAGACAAAUUGCACUGGGAUGUUGCCUAGUAACCAGUCAGAGUAUCUCCUGUCUAUUCAGCCAAGGCAGGUCAAACGGAAAUCUUGCAACACUUUCUGCGUCAUGCAUGACUUUGUAGAACCUGUUGCAAAAAAAAAAAAAAUGCAAUCUGCAGGAAGCAUGAUUGCAUUGCUCACCUUGAAGUUCAAUGUUGCAAAAGUUGACUCAUGGCCAUGCAUUUGCAUUUCUUCAUCUCAGGUGUAUUCAACUCAUCAGUGUCGAGAAUGCAAUCAGUCUCUGGUACGCGCAAAUCAUUUCUCUUGUUUAUCAUGUAAUUAGAGCUGUGCAUUGUGCAAGAAAAAAAAAAAAGGAUGUGCCUAAGUGGCCACCGUCGCUAGUGGUAAUGCGUCCGUGGACGUCAGACUGACGCAGAUGCUUCACAGUUUGGUUCAGCGUGUGGGAGGAAAAGACUGAGAGCUUGGCGAUAGCAGCAUUUUGUGAAGAGCCUGUAAUUGCUGUUUCAUCACAAUUAUCCUGCGGAGAACCAGCCGCCUUCAUUCACUCUGUACGGUCUUGAACCCAGAGAACUGACGCAAUGCAAACUUUUGUGCAUAAGAAUCGGAACUCAAGUGUCUUGCAUGCUGUCCUGUCUGUCCCUCUGCAGCUGCCUCAUUGACAUCGCAGAAGAAGCACAUGAGGUUGAGGUUCUCAGCCAAAGCUGAGCCCAUGGCGUCGCCAGCUCUUUGCGUGGCUCUCGCCGUGCUCUUCUUCGGCACUUUGACCUCCGGCACCCCCUCCGGUCCGGCCUCCGACACCUGCGCGACCCUGGAGCAAAGUCGCUUCUUCGGCGUCUUCUCGUCCACCGCCAACCUUCCGUCGGCGCCGUGCUCCUGGACCCUGCAGAACCCCGACCCCCGCCGCUACACCGUCUACAUGAAGAUCACCAAGCCGACUGAGUCGUGCAAGCCGAAGCGGGUCAGGACCUUCCAGUUUGACUCCUUCAUCGAGACGUCCCGCACCUUCCUGGGCAUGGAGAGUUACGACGAGGUGGUCAGGCUGUGCGACGCUUCCACCACCGUCACCUACAUCGAAUCCAGCAAGCAGUUUGUGCAGAUCCGCAAGGUGGCCUCCGGUAACGGCCCCGAGAACGAGCAGCGGGGCCAGAACGACGUCAGCGAGUUCAAGUCGGAGUUUCUGGUGGUGGGGAAAAGGAACCCGAGUAUGCCCGCCUGCCAGAUGCUGUGCCAGUGGCUGGAGAAGUGCCUGUCUGACAGCACCCACGACUAUCCCUGCGGUAUCAUGAACACCCCUUGCCAGUGUUGGGAGACGCCAAAAAGGAAGCCGGGGAGCUGCUACAGAGGCGGCGUUUACGUGGAGAAAUGCCUUCCCGUGCCCAGAGACAACCGACAGAAUGCUGAGAUCACCAAGGGCUGGGCCGGUUGGAGCCGCUGGUCAGUUUGCAGUCAGGAAUGCGGCGGUGGCGUCCAGCUGCGCAGCCGAGCCUGUCAGCCCGACGAUGCCGUAUGCGAGGGGACCGUGGAAGAAGGCCGGGCGUGCAACCAACGGGCCUGUAUAGGCACAGAACGUAGCAAGAGCCAGGGUCUGCGGGCCAUUGUUGGUCUGAGGAGGGAGCACGAUGAUUCUGGCCUCGGAGGAGUUGCAACCCAAAUCGCAAAUACGAAGACAGACGAGUGGUCCCAGUGGAGCUCGUGCUCGGUGACAUGCGGAGAAGGCUGGCAAAGCCGCACCCGGGUCUGCGCGACUUCCUCCUUCACCACCCAGUGCACCGGACCCCUGCGUGAAAACAGACCUUGCAACAACACCGUUGUCUGCCCAGUGGAUGGCGCCUGGGACGAGUGGACCCCGUGGAGCUUGUGUUCCUCCACGUGCGGCCGUGGUUACCGCGACCGCACUCGCACAUGCAGGCUGCCCCAGAACGGAGGAGAGCCUUGCAAGGGGCCCUCAAGACAGAACAAGCUUUGCAACAUCGCUGUAUGCCCCGUGGACGGACACUGGAAUGACUGGUCAGUGUGGAGUCCAUGUUCUGCCUCCUGUUCCAACGGUACCAGGCAGAGGACACGAGAAUGCAAUGGGCCAUCCUACGGGGGCUCAGAGUGCCACGGGAGUUGGAAAGAGGCCAUCAACUGCUUCCUGAAAGAGUGCCCCGUUGAUGGGCGCUGGCACGCCUGGAGCGCUUGGGGCAGCUGCAGCAAGACUUGCGGCGGCGGCAUUCAGCAAAGACAAAGAGUAUGUGAGGGUCCUUUCUUUGGUGGGGAGCCUUGCCCUGGUGAAAGAGGAGAGCAGAAGCGCUGCAAUGAGAAGAGAUGCCCUGGGCCCCAUGAGAUUUGCCCUGAGCAGAACGAUGGCGACGUUGUGUGGAAGAAAACUCCGGCUGGAGACAUGGCGGCCAUCUUAUGUCCCGCUGACGCUGAAGGUCUGAUUCUUCGCCGCUGCAGUCUCAAUGCCGUCGGCCUCGCCAGCUGGGAGAGCCCGACUUACGUCAAGUGUGUCUCCAAGAACUACGAUAACAUUCAGACCCUGUCGAGGGAAUACAUCAGCAAAGUGCAGAAGGCACAAAGCGUCGACGGCAUCGCUGAGGUGAUUUCACGUUUGAGGUUCUCAACGGACGAAGGCGCCACAUACAGCGGUGACCUCAUGGCCGUCAUGGAAAUCCUCAAGAACAUCACUGAGUUGUACAAGGCAACCACGCUGAGGCUUAGCAACGCAGAUGUUGAGAACUAUGUCCAGACCAUCAGCAACCUGCUGAAAGAGGAACAUCAUGAAAAGUGGGAAGAGGCACAGCAGAUGGGUGCCAACGUUAAGGUGUUAUUCCGUCUCGUAGAGGAGUCGGUGAACAUGAUCGGUAUGCAAAUGAGCGGCUUCCAGGAUAUUUACGAAGUCACCGAGAAUUUAGUGCUGAGCAUUCAUAAGCGGCCCACUUCCACCAGCUCCAACUUCACUUUCCCCGCUAAAGGCUGGAGGGGAAUGUUAGACUGGGUCAGGACUGCCGAGGAGAAAAUUUCCGUUUCCAGAGACGCUUUAGCCAUUGACCCCAGUGAUGGCAAUGAAGCUUUCGUCACCGGCAUUGUCCUCUACAGGAACCUGACUUCGUUUCUUUCCUUUCAGAGCAACUCGACUCUGCUCAAUUCAAAAGUAGUGACGGUGGUUGUCAGCCCUACCCCUGCCCUCUUGUCUUCUCCCGUCGAAAUUGAGUUCCCGCAUCUCCACAAUGACACAAUGAACGAGACGUGCCUCUCGUGGGAUGAAAGUGAAACAUCCUCCCUGCUUGGCUCGUGGUCUGCGCGGAGCUGCAGAACCGUCCCCGUUCAUUCAUUCCGAACCAAAUGCGUGUGUGACAGCCUCUCCACCUUCGCCAUUUUAGCGCGCGUCAACUUCGACUCGAUCAUGGACAAGGCGCUCCUCCCGUCCGUGACGCUCAUCGUGGGCUGCGGGGUGUCUUCUCUCACCCUGCUCCUCCUGAUCAUCAUCUACGUCUCGGUGUGGAAGUAUAUCCGCUCCGAGCGCUCCGUCAUCCUCAUCAACUUCUGCCUGUCCAUCAUUUGCUCCAACGCCCUGAUUUUGGUGGGACAAACUCAAGCUCGCAAUAAGGUGGUCUGCACACUGGUAGCGGCUUUCCUGCACUUCUUUUUCCUCUCGUCGUUCUGCUGGGUGCUGACAGAAGCUUGGCAGUCGUACAUGGCCGUCACGGGUCGUCUACGCAACCGCAUCAUCCGCAAGCGCUUCUUGUGCUUGGGUUGGGGUCUACCUGCGUUGGUGGUGGCCGUUUCUGUGGGCUUCACAAAAGCCAAGGGAUACGGCACCGUCAACUACUGUUGGCUUUCUCUCGAGGGCGGGCUCCUCUAUUCUUUUGUGGGUCCGGCCGCCGCUGUUGUUCUGGUGAAUAUGGUCAUUGGUAUUCUGGUCUUUAACAAGCUGGUAUCCAAGGACGGCAUUACCGACGUGAAGCUGAAGGAGAGAGCCGGGGCAUCGUUGUGGAGCUCCUGCGUGGUUUUGCCUCUCUUGGCCCUCACUUGGAUGUCGGCCGUCCUGGCAAUCACCGACCGCCGUUCGGCCCUCUUCCAAAUCCUCUUUGCUGUUUUCGACUCCCUGGAAGGUUUUAUCAUCGUCAUGGUCCACUGUAUCCUGCGGAGAGAGGUUCAGGAAGCUGUGAAGUGCAGAGUCGUGGACCGCAAGGACGACAGCAACGGCGAUUCGGGAAGCUCGCAUCACAAUGGCCACAACCAGCUUACGUCUGACGCCGAGAAGGAUGGCGAUUCGUGCAUCCAAGGAAUGAGCGGCUCAUCUGCAGAGAAGAUGUCACCGCCUCAAAUGCCCCUCCCCAUGGGCCCCAAUUUCCACACCCUGCCGUCCAACAAGAGCCACAUGCAGGCGGUCCCCGAAUAUUCCAGCCACACGCUCACCCUGAAGAGAGAGAAGAGCCGCCUGGCGGGAGGAGUUGACGGAAAAGCCGUGUACGUGUGCGAGGGAGAGCUCUUCCAGCAGCUGGACGCCGACCUGGCUCGGGUUCAGGCGGAGGGCGGAGUCUCCGACGCCAGCGGUUACAUGCUCAUGCCCAACACCACCUCCACCCUGAGAAGCAAGCCCAAAGAGGACCCGAGCAAAUACAACAUCAACGUGGAACAGCUGCCCCAGGCCCGACUCAUGCACCUAAGCGGCCCCUUUGCCGAGCCCCAAGCCGCCUUCGGGAUCAAGACCGUUCCCUGCGACCAGGUCAGCGUGUCCUACUCGGAGAGGGACUCGCCCAUCCAGAACAUCCACAACAUGUCCAGCGAGUCUCACAUCACUCACAGCAGCCUGGAGAACACCUUUGAGUCCAUGAACUCCAUGAUGUCCAAAAGCGAGACCAUCUCUACUUUGUCUAUGAGCUCCUUGGAGAGGCAAAAGUCGCGCUAUGCCGAGCUUGACUUUGAGAAAAUAAUGCACACAAAGAAGCGCCACCAGAACAUGUUCCAGGACCUGAACAGGAAGUUACAUCACGCCGAUAAAGACAGAGAGUCGCCCGCUUCUGACAGCAAGUCUGUGAGAUGGAGCGUCUCAUCAGCAGGAAGUGACAAAACGAACCAAAGCGACAAACAGCAGGGUCCCUUGGAGAGGCCUUGGGAAGGAGUCCGGGGCUUACCGCAGCAGCAGCAGUCUCCCCCCGCGUGGGUCCGCAAAGACUUGGAGCCUCUGGCCGCCUCGCCGCUGGAGCUCCACUCGGUGGAGUGGGAGAAGAGCAGCACUCCCAUCCCUCUGGUGGGCCAGGACAUCAUUGACCUGCAGACGGAGGUCUGAGUCUGGGUCAGGUGCCCGCCUUAUUUUACCUUUUGGCUUUGGGUUCCUGUAUUGGAAUCGUAAGUUGGCUCCGAGAAUUGAUGUCUUCAAAUCCUCAGUCGGAGCAGGAAGAUCAUUUAAGAGGGGGGUUGCCUCUCUGAGUGGACUUGGCAAAGCGCUGGUGGAGAGUUGCGUUGCGUCGGCGGUCCACCUAGGCCAGAGUUGGCUGCGGUUCCAUUCGCCUCGGUCGGUCGGUCGGUCGGCCGUGGGAGGGCGUGCGACUCACUCACGCACCAUGCCCGCUGUGCUUCUUUUCACCUUGGGCUGGACAAACAAACCAAUGUCAUAGGCUGUUUGGGAGGAAUGACUACGACUCUUGGCUGCUCCCGUUCCAGCCAAAUCUCCCUCCAACAUAGCAAAGAGAGCGAAAGCAAGCAUUUUUUUGGUUCAAUUUGAUCUUCUCUGUUUACUUCUUAAAACACAUCCACCAUACUAAUUGUCAUUUUAGUAUCAUCAUUAGCACUAUUAUUGAUUAUCAUAUUUGCUCUAUUUCUGUUUUGAAUGCCAAUUGAUUUGGGUUGGUUUUUUUGGGGGGUGGUCUGUGACCUGGAAAAAAAAAAAGUGGAACACCUCCGUAAUGUGUUGUUAGCCAGUAUGCUCCGCAUCGGGACAAACCUACUGAGGGGUGAUGCCUUCCUGGUUCCUCUUACAUUUUUCCUGGCUAGCAAAAGAGCAGCAAGCACAAUACAGACUCUUAAGACGGACGGACGGAGCAGUAGAAUGUGAGCGUUUGAAGAGGAAAAGGCCAAUGGCUUUCAUCAUCGCCCACUUAUCUCUCAGCCUUCCUUGCAGGACUCUUUGGACAAAGCUGAGGCGCUGUCGAGCCUUCAACACAUUUGUGUUUUGAACCAUCAGUGUGAAAUGGUGCAAUAUGAUGGGCGCUUGAUGCUCAAGCAGGACUGAUACUCUAUUAGGAUUUUUCUUACUGACGAUGAUGAUGACUCCAAUCUUUUCUACCAUCUUCCUCAUAUUUACUGAGCAUAUAGACGCUUUAUGAGAAUAUUGUAUAACAAAUCUGUGUUAGUAAUUCAAGGAAUUUAUUGACUAGAGAUUUGUUAGCCUAAGACUCCAUUUUUGGAGGUGUCUGUGACAGGUAGAUCACUGUACUUCUAGUAUCAAAGCAAACAGUGUACGUAUACAAUGAAUGAAUGAAU